AUGGCACCAGGGUCCAGAUAUCGUAUGCGCGCAGCCCAAGGCCAGCUUUCCGAACACCACGAACCUGAAGACGGUCCUUCAGGGACCAAAACAGAAACCCCAAGCCCCUCGACCCCUCAAAUCGGACUUCCUCUCUCCCCAUUAGCUCCUACUAAGCCAGAGAUGGCUGGUGGAGUACGUUCACAAAAUGCUAAAGAGGCAGAGGUAAACCCUGAGAAGACUGGAAUCGGCGCAGAGAUCUAUGCAACGCAAGCCUCACCAAGCGUCAAAAGAACGAGCGGACCUGGUCACCCAAAAGCUGAAACAGACCACCACACGGGCUCAACCAGACCAGAAAAGACCGACUUUGUUGCUCGCCAAAUGAUUUCGUCGGCUCUGGGCAUCAAGGUUGAUCACAAGAAGGACGGAAAGACACUUGCAGUAAAGAAGGCUUUGAGAAUGAAUAAAAGAGAAGAUAGAUUGUCAACUUGGUAAGUGGCUAGCGGGGUUCUCCCUUUCUUUACAAAUGGUGAUGCUGACUUUCAGGUUUUCCCCAGGGAUGACUUGUUAAGUAAGCAAGACAAGAGCACAAAUGAGCCUUCUUCUUGA